CGUUAUAAAUAACCUUGGACUGUCAAAGACAAAAUGUGUGACUUGGCUUUUAAAAUAAUAUAGUAUACAAAUAAAACUAAUUAUUAAACCGUUAGUCAAAUUUCUACAUUUUAAAAUAUAAGACAGAAGAUGUAAUUCAGAAUACCUACGAAUAAGCAUUUACGGAAUACAAAGGCAUCCUCAAAUUUAUCCGGUCAUGAAUUAUUGAUAAGAUAACUUAAAAUUGGAUGUUUCAUUCCGAAAGUGAAAUAAAAUGACCGAGAAGGCAGUUUUUUCUCCAUUUAUCAAACAAGUGAGUGUGUUAAUAAAUGUUUAUUAAAAACGUGUUGUGAAACUAGAAGUUAGAUCGUAAUUUUUGCAGUGUUACGUGUGUGCGACUGUUUGUAUGAAUGUGCUAAGUAAUGGUUGCGCUUACGGCUUCCCUGCGGUGCUGCUGCCGCAACUCAAGCUUCCGGACUCUCCCAUUCCACUCACCAAGGCCCAGGAGUCAUGGAUAGCGGCAGUUCUUACAAUAGCAAUGAUGGUUGGAAACUUCACUAUGCCCAUAUUAUUGGGCAAAUUAGGACGUAAAAACUCCCACUUUUUUGUCCUUAUACCCAUAACUGUGGGCUGGCUCUUAAUCAUCUUCGCGACAAAUGUAGAAAUGCUUUUAGCGGCAAGAAUCAUGCAUGGCCUCUCAUUUGGUCAAGUUGUUCCUAUUCGAGCCGUUAUGAUUGGAGAAUACACCAGUCCAAAUAAUCGAGGAGCUUUCCUCAGCAUGAACGCAGUCGCACAGAUAUCAGGGAUAUUCGUUGUCCAUCUCUUGGGCUAUUUGGUCAGCUGGAAGACGACUGCGACCAUUUGCAUUACUUUUUCAGUUAUAAGCUUUGUCAUGACAUUUAUUAUUCCCGAAUCGCCAAGUUGGCUCGCAAGUAAGGGCCGAUACGAGGAGAGUAAAAAGCAUUUUGAAUGGCUAAGAGGAUUAAAGGAAAACGAUGAACUUAUGGAGUUAAUUCAAGCUAGAAUAGAUUACAGGGAGAAUGAGAACAGGUCGAGUUUUAAAGAGAUUAUUUAUAAAGUGGAGUUUUAUAAGCCUAUAACUAUAACGUUGCAUAUUUCCUUAUUGGGAUAUAUGUCGGGAGGCAUGAUUAUAGCCGUGUAUGGGCCUACAAUCAUAUCGGAGGUCAUGGGUACCGAGGUCGAUCCUCAAUUCUGGCUCGUUUCUAUAGAUAUAUUAAGGAUACUAACCAGUUUCUCUGCGGUAUACUUUAUGAAGAAGUUUAAUCGGCGAACAGUCACCUUUACCUCUGUUGGGUUAUGUUUGGCAACGCAUGUUGCCGUAGUGGUUUAUAUAUGGCUGGUAAAGUUUGGUGUGAUGUAUCAUGUGUACUGGAUACCGGCAGUACUGCUUCACCUGCAAAGUUUCUCUGUAUCGGCAGGUAUAGUACCGAUAAUUACCGUCAUAGCGGGAGAAGUGUUCCCUCUGGCAUAUCGAAGUUUAGGUAUCAGUUUCAGUACAGCCAUCGCAACUGCGUUUCACUUUGUCAUAUUAAAGACUUUCCCGUACCUGGUAACUAUGGUUGGCAUUGAAGGCGUGUACGGAAUAAAUGCCGUUGUAAUUUGCUAUUGCAUGAUUGUCUGUUGGUUCAUGAUGCCGGAGACAAAGGGCCGCACAUUGCAGCAAAUCGAGGAUAGGUUUAAAGGUAUUGAGAAAACUGUUGAAGCCGAGCCUUUAAACGAACUUGCUAAAUAAUGUUAAGUACUUAUUUAUAAACGUAGGUAGAAAUAACGUUUAUUAAAAAUCAUUAC